CACACACAGACACACAGAAAGAGAGAGAGAGAGAGAGAGAGAGCGAGGAAUCACGACAUUUCUGUUUCAUUAUCCCCCAGCACUCACUGACACUUCAUCAUCUCACCUGUGUUCCCUUCACGGUCCCUGCGCGUCUCAUGAAACGGACUCAGAUCCACCAGUGAACGACUUGAAACCGCAAAAGUGAACCGACCCUCACCGAGACUGACGCGGAGUGGACUUUUUUUUUUUUUUUUUUCUUCCUGCAGCGCGUCUGUCCUCUCUUAGGCCGAAAUAAAAUUCCAACACAAGAGCUGCUUUUUUGUUUCCCCCCACUGCGAGAUCCAGAGGAGAUUAUCGUCCCGCAGACUCCCGCAUCUCUCUUCCCUGUCUGUAGCUGACUCAUUUUGCUGCGCCCGGGACCAUGGCGGAGUACAGCUCUCUGCUCAGCGACCUGUCUGAAAACAUCACCAACGAGGACUUGGAGCAGCUCAAGUCGGCCUGCAAGGAGGACAUCCCCGAGGACCAGAGCAACAACAUCACCUCCUCCAAAGAGUGGUUCAGCUACCUGGAGAAGAACGACAAGUUGGCCCAGGAUAACCUGUCAUACAUCGAGCACAUCUUUGAGAUUUCACGGCGACCGGACCUGUUGACGAGGGUGAUCGAGUACCGCACCACCGUGCUCAAGAUCUCUGAGGAUGACGAGAUCGACACCAAGCUCACACGCAUCCCCUCGGCCAAGAAAUACAAAGACAUCAUCCGCCAGCCCUCUGAAGAUGAGAUCAUCAAGUUGGCCCCGCCCCCUAAAAAAGUGUGAGGUCGCGACCCUCAGCCCUGAUCUUUGCACCUUGAUUUCUUCACUCCUGGCACUCUAAUCAACCGACCAACCAUUUCUGACCAACCCCAUCCCUCCCCCGCUUCACCACCCCUCUCACACCCCGCACACACAGACAUACUUACAUGCAUACAUACACACACACAUACAGAUAACAAAUACACACACACCCAGCCCUGCCCCCUCCUCCCUGCACUAACACUUGCCACGGCACUGAACCACGCAGGCAGCCACCUACAAAGCCAACCAAUCAGAUCGUAGCGAUGCAGCCUCUUCCCAAGCUGGGGAGAGACGGGAAGCUGCGGGGGAAAAAAAAAAAGACAAUAGACGAAGAAAUCUGGAGACCGACAGUGUAUGUGUGUGGGAGAGAGAGAGAGAGAGAUAGAGCCAAAGUCUACCCUCGAUUCAAACGCUGAGUGGGUCAGUUCACAAUGAGUGUAAUCUGUAAACACUGUUCAAUCUGUGAUGCUGUGUUAAUGCAACAUUCUGUGAGUGUGUGUGAGUUCACAUCAGUCAAGGCUGUUAUAGUUAAAAGAUAUCCAACCAUUUGAAUUUAAAACCACAAACCCUGCUUCAAAACUUAACAACAAAAUGAGACUGUUAAAGUUUUAUUCUUUCAGAAAUUCUGAAAAGUUCAGAAAGCCGACAGGUGAACUGACAAGUACAUAUUUCAUGUACAGUGAUACAUUAUUAUGACUAACAGAAUUCAGCAGUGCUUUGUUUUUUUGUUUUUUGUUUUUUUUACUUCACCUUGAAUGUUCAAAAUGAAACUGACAGACUGAAAACUACUAUCUGGAGACAAAAUUAAACUAAAACAUGUUAAUACAUAGUUUACAUGAUCAAAAGCAAUUUUAAAAACUGAAGUUAAUACUUAGCAAAAAACUAAGUAAGUAAGUAAAACUAAUCUUAAUAUGACUCGGUUCAUUUCUAUGACAGUGCUUGUUUCAGUGUAUAGCUGCAUAUUUGUUCAGGUGUGUUUGGGAAAUUUGCUUAUUUGCUUUCUUGCUUGUGACUUAGAUGGGAAUAUUUGAAACCGCGCUAAUGUAUUUCUGUUUAUACAGCUAAGUAUAAGCUACAGUUAGCAGAGGGUUAGCAUAAAUAUAGGAAACGGUGAAGCUAGUCUGGCUAGUCUCGUUACAUUUUGAUUUUUGUACGGUUUAAAUAAAUGAGAUGUGUUGUGUUAACUGGCUUGUAGGUGGACGUUGUUAGCUUUUGACAGAGCCAAGCUAGCUGUUUCCACCUGUUUGCAGUCUUUAUGAUAAACUAAGCUAACCCGCCGCUGGAUGUAGCUUCAUGUAUUCAUCACACAGCGGUAUCUUCUCAUCAAAUUCUAAGGAAGGAAGCCAAUAAGCAUAUGUGUCCCCAAAUGUCUAACUCUUCCUGUAAAGCCCAUAUAGUCCACAAAUCAUUAUACCAUGAGGUCGCUGUAAUUCAAACAAAACUUAAUGUCAAACUUAAAGGAUCAGGCAGUCACUCCUCAGUGUGAGGCUCUGUAUGCAUUCCCUUUACUCUUACGCAGAUAAUUGUAUCAUGUUUUAAGAGCAAAAAAAUUAUAAAUAUUUUAGAGGAAGAUAUUUAAAGUUGAUUUUCAUAUGAAAAAACAAUAUUUGACUUAAGCUUAUAAUCAUAGUAAGAGUUAUUUACAUAAAAUAUUAAGAUGGGAAAGUUCUAGCAGUUAUUUCUAUACCAUGGACGCUCCCUGUCCGUAGGUUUUCUUUACAUCAAAAGGACCAGUUAGCGUGAAAGUCUUGCUGUAUGAGCUGGUUAGAGAUGUAAAUAUACAAAUAAUAUAUUACGAGAAAAUAUAGCAGAAAUAAUAUAUUGACCUGCAGUGUGUAUCCCAUAGAGGAGCGAAUUUCCACUGUACGUUCAGUUUCACCAUGUCUAAAGACUUUCAACCUAACCUUAAUCUAAUCUGAAACUUCAGUCUCUCUGUGAACAAAUUAAUUGGAAAAAGAAACAUAUAGCGAGCACUAAAGUACAUCUACUUUGGAUUACACUUGAGAAUAUUAAAGUAUAUUUUGAGAGAGUAUAUCGGAUAUUAUAUUUACAGCGUGAACAUGUUGUGUUUCGUGACACAUAUAAAAAGACAAAUACUAAACUUUCUUUCACCCGUUUGUUGCCAUUUCAUUUGUUUCACAGAAAAUAACUGACCUGUAUGUGAGUUCUUCUCUUCUAGUUUGAAUGAAAGACAAAUUAAAGCCUCUGGAGAUAAAAAAUAUAUAUAUAUAUAUAAAAAAAUAAGUGCAGAUCAAAGUUGGAAAAAAAAAGGAGGAAAUGUCAAAAAGAAAACCAUGGCAUGCGAUAAUAAUAAACCAUGUCCUUUAAUAAACUGUACAUAAAAUAGAUUGUGACAAGGAUCUAUAAUGCACAGGACGGCUCAUAACCUGCUGACUAUGCCAUUCCCACCAUGCACCAACACAAUAGCUAGCAAGACUGUUGAAACUAAACUAUAAUAACUGCUCUUUUGAACACUGUGUCUCUUUUAUCCCCGCGAAGACGCCUUAGCAGACUUUGUGUUUACCCCGAAAUUUUUUCACGACUGUGAGAGAUUGUGUGUGAAGCGGAGACAGACGCCGACGCACACGUCAAGUUAAUCAAAGCGGCUCUCACUUUUAAAGAGAGCGUUGCUACUUUUAUUCUGAAAUUUGCUAAGGACUUCAGUGUUGGUGUGUACAGAAUGUCUGUGUGGAUCUAUUUCUAGACCCCCACCCCCGUCUUUGUUGUCCUCGAAGCUGUAGGAUCAAAAAAAAAAAAAAAAUGAACCAACAACAUAAAAAUCUAUCAGUGUAUGACUAAUCAUUUAUCCCAGGCCCGCUACCUCCCUCCCCCCUUUCCCUCACCAACAACCCCAGUGCCAAUGACCAAGACUUUUGUUUCGAUCACAGUUUCUGUGAUCCGUCUUCUUUUUCUUUUGUAUUGCUCGCCGUAUAUUGUAGUGUUGGACUGAUUUGUAUCCUAUGCAUUUAUGUCUGUAGGAAAACUGCACUGUAACAUACCCUCCCAAACAAAUCACUUAAAUCUUAAGAACUGAGCUCUUUAAUGGUGACGAGUCAGGGUGUUUGACACGAUCCUGAUAUUCUUGAGUUUGAGUUUGUAUGACGGAUGUGCUCGGUGAGGUGGCACUUGAGAAGAGGAAUUCAAAGUAUGUUGUUUCAGAGAAGGAAAUAAAUGCUUGUCGAGAAAUGUUUAUUGUUUCAAACUGGGGGUAUUAAAAAAAGAAAACUUGUUAGACCAACUAUACUGUAUGACUCACAUUUUACUUUUUUGCAAGCCAAGUCUUACAUAACUAAAACAUUCAAUAGUCCUUUAAUGCCUGAACAUGUAUGGCAAGGUUUGAUAGUUUACAAACAGUGGACGAGUUUGUCUUUGCAUAAAACAUCCAGUUAAUGUUGGCCAGAUCAAGCUUUUUAUGGUAUUGUUAAAGGAAUAGUCUACCCUUAAAUACUUUAACACUGUCAUACUUUGAAUUAAGCCGAGCCUGUUUUGCAUUUCCUCCACAGAGUGGUAGAUGGUAUUGUGAAUGGCACACAGUGUUUUCAAUUGAUCAACCACUUUGGUCUAGACUGAAAUAUUUUAACAACUGUUGGAUUGAUUGGCAUGAAAUUCAUGGUCCCCUGAGGAUAAGUUAGCGUUCAACUCGCUGCACCACUGUGCCUAAGUGCAGCCUUACAGAGUCAUUAGCUGUCUAACUCUUGUCCUGUUUAUCUCUGAAGCCACAUCUGAGUUUAGGAACACUUUUGUUUUAUUCUUCCACAAAAUCAACCAUUAAGUUUUUGUCCUCAGAGAGAGGGGGCUUAUUUCAAAUUCAGUCAUAUAAAAAAAAAAACUGUAUAAUCCAACACUUCAUCAUAAAAUAUCUCCAGGUACAUACAUCAAAUUGAUGAUACAUGACAGUGCCAAAGUAUUUCCUGGGUGGAUUUUCCCUUCAGCGCCCAGACUAUCCCUCGCUAGGCCGGACCCUAAGUGAAGCGGUAGCUGCCUUCCUGUAACCUUGAGCCUAUUGAACACGAACUGGGAUCACAGCAUCAAUCACAGAGAAGGAAGCAUCUUGUCAGGCAAAAGGGAGGCAGUUGUACUCACUGCUAUGACCUGUGGGCAAUGGUCUUUCCCAGUGUUAAAAUGGAUGUGAUUACUGACCAUAAAUGUUGGAUUGUCAUUCACCAAUUCCAGCUUUGGUAAUUCUACAAACCAAAAUAAAGAUUUUUUUUUUUCCCCCAGAUUUCAGCAUGUUUCCAUUUCCGCACAAAAUAUCAGCAAGGGAGGAUUUGGGCCAUUGUAUUUUAUUUCUCUUUCUUUUUAUUUUAAAUGCUUUUUGAAUAGCAACUCGUGAAUUUAGAUGUAUGUGACCAAGUGACUUUUAAUUUUUUUUUCUUCUUCUCUCAGAAUUUCAGUAGGCAAUGGACUCAUGUUAGCAAUUGUGUGGUAGUUUGUCAGUAGUUUGACAGUAGGAUUGUCGAUUCAAUAUCUGUAAACAUCAACAACAAAAAAAGAAAGAAAAAAAAAAAAAGCCAACUGCAGGAUGCUCUAAGACACUCCUGAUCGGAGCUUAAGUGGAGAUGUUUCAUUCAGGUUAUUCACUGGAGUGUUUAAAAUUUCUGUUGGCAUCAAAUUAUGGCUGUGCUGCACCCCCUUAUUUUAUUUUAUUUCAUUUACAUCGACUUCCUGCUUCCUCCUCCUCUAAAGUCAACGCCCAUCAAUGUCACCAUGUGGCACAGCCCCACAACUUCGUCACCAAGCAGAUUCUAUGUUUUGGCAUUGUUUAGUGUUUUCCUCUGUAGCCAUCGGCACAUAAUAUAUCGACAUAUCAGUCAAAAAUGAUGUCAGAAUUUGGAUUUCCAUGUACCAAGUACAUAUCAACUUAGUAAAUGCUGCAAAGUAUAGACCUACUAAAAUAUAUAUGUAUUUAUGGUGAAUACCUGAUUAUAACCAAUAUAUGGGUAUAGAUGAAAUGAAGAGGCAGAUACUGUGUGAAGGUAUUCAGCAUGUGAUGCUAACAGUCAAUUAAAUUUCAUUCAAACAAGAGUAUCAUUCUCCCCUUAAGGAUAAAAUUGUUUCUUUUUUUGUUUUUCCAUUUUAUUAGGUUGUAAAUAUGUAUUUUGAAUAUAUAUCACUGUGUUUGUUUUGAAAUUGAUUAAUUUAUUUAAUGCUUAUAUAUUGUUGUUUUUACAUACCCUGAUUUUGUUUUACUAACAGGAAACAAAUCAAGGGGAUGAAAACAUUGUGCUUAUCUAAUGUUAAGCAGGCCAUGCAUCAACACUUUUAUAAUUCAUGUUAUUCUCUUCAUUUAUGUUUUGCUGUUUCGGCUUUUGGUGAUUAUUUUACAACAACAACAAAAAAAAAUGAUAUUCAUUUCAUUGUAUUUACUGAUAUGUAACAUAUUAUGUUUUACUGUGUUGUAUUUGAUCAGAUGUGUCGUGGUCACUGCUUGUAAAAUGAUUUUUAUUCAGAGAGUUUCCAAAUCAUGACAAAAGAUAAACAUGGUCACAGAAUCAUAAUCUGCCAUUUUGUUCAUAUAAGACAUGAUGUCACAUGCACAUUGCACCAAGAGCAGAAAUUUUAAAGAGGAUAGAGUUAAAAUGUUUGGCUAGGUGCAUCUAGAAAGUUCAAGAAAUGUUCAUCACUGAUUUUUAGUCUUUUGAGAGCAAUUGAAACAAAUAGUUUUCAUCUCAGUACUUUUAUUUCCACAUCUUUAGCAGUGUUUUCAUGAAAAGUAUGUUCUCAUUCUACUCACUGAAAAAAGAAGACAACAAAUUGGGUCUAAAAAUCAGGCAAUCGACAACCUUCAUGUGAACAAUAAGCAGUCUAGUUUUGUAUGGAGCCGCAAAGUGUUCUAUAUUAAAUACUAAUGAAUAGUGACAUGAAUGAGUAGUUGUUAUAAUUGUUAAUAAUUGUGUAUAAUAAUAAAUUGAGCAAUUAUUAAUGUGAUAACGAACCUUUAAUUUAGCAUUACAAGGCCUGGCUACCUUCCAAGGUAGCUAACCAGCUAGUAAAGCUGUAGCCGACUAAAGUUAGUUAAUACUCCUGAACGACUCAGCCUAGUUAGCUAGCUGCAAAAAAGAAGAGGUUAAAGAAGAGGUUACUGUGUUUAUUUGCAGCAGCAGCUUCUACUUAGUUGAAUCAGAAUAACUUGAGCGUUGUUUUUGCUCUAGCUGACAUGAGCUAACUAGCUAAAUUUGGAAAAGCAGUUGCUGAGCUGGCUAGCAUAAGAGAUGCUAGGGAGCUGUGAUUGGCGUAUUUAUUUUUACACUGUUUAUCUAUUUAAUAUUGAACACUCAAUGCUCUGCUGUUUUAUUAGCUAUUUUUACUUUUGAAGUAAGGUGUUAGUGAAUGUUAAAUGGGGUAUGGAUGAAGUGAUAGAGUGAAGACGUUGAUAGUAUCAGUGCUGGGUAGAGUAGUGUGAAGAAUCGUUUUGGGGUUGUAGCUGCUGUUGUAGAGCGAAAUAUGUAGGUUCAUAGGGAAACAUCUCUGGUAUGUGUGGUAUCAGCAGCUAGUUUAGUACAAGUUUGAAUGUGGCAGUUCUUGCACAAGAAUGCUGUACAAUGGUGAGAUGUAAUCAAAAGAUAAAAAGUGUCAGUGGUAGGAAUGCUGAAUGUGUGGUGAUCCUGUCAGAUGAUGUUGUGCAGCUUUUAUUUGCAAUUUUUAACCAUCACAGGAGGAGUCUUCUAUAAAGUUUGGUGUUCCUAAAUAUUGUGAACAAGCUUUUUAACUACACCUACUUACAUUUAUCUGAAGCUGCACAGCAAAAAAAAAAAAAAAA